UCAGCAGAGCCUCCUGAGCUGCACGGAAGGAAUCAAACAACUUUAAACACGUCCAAUAAAGGGUGAUCUCACUGCUGGUGUUUGUUUAGGUUUGUGCGCUCAAGUUUGGAUUCUUAAAUUGGAGUUUGGGGUUCACAAUGAAGAAGUGAAGUCAGUUUUGAAAUGAAGACAUGGAUUUUGCUCGGAGAGUUUGGCUUUUCUUUCUUCUGAAACCUGGAGAAUUGAACACUGGAAACGAUGCUGUAAAUGUCAGAGUUUCAGAUCUGUAAGUAAACUCUAGUAUAGGACAAUCAGGAUGAAAAGAUGGCAGCCAUGCUGUUACCAACGGGUCCUGAUGGCUUGCGGCGGUUCACUCGCAAAUCCUUGGCUGCCUUGGAGCGGCGGAUUUUGGAGGAGCAGGCCAAAAGCCCCAAGGAUUGCUUUGAUGCUCCGAAGAACGCAGGGCCACCCAAACCCAGGGCCGACCUGGAGGCAGGCAAGCAGCUGCCACGCAUCUUUGGUGACAUCCCAGCCGAACUUGUUGGGGUGCCACUGGAGGACAUCGACCCAUUUUACUACAAGAACCAGAAGACUUUUAUAGUACUCAACAAAGGGAAGGUCAUCUUCAGAUUCAGUGCCACAUCUGCACUUUAUAUAAUUAGUCCUUUUCACUUCAUCAGAUCAAUUGCUAUAAAAAUUUUAGUUCAUGCAUAUCCUUUUUUCUAAAGCCUUCUGUGUGUGUCUGUGUGUGUGCGCCCUUUUUUUCUACUUGGUGGGGACAAUUUUUCCAGA